CUUAUCACACGACACACACUCGCACAGUCGCACAUCGCCGGGCGCCGGCUCAUCAAGUGUUUUUCUUGUUCUUUUUCGUUACACAACAUUGCAUGAUCGUCAGUCGUAAAAUAAUUAAUAAAUAAACAAUGUUCUGCUUUACGGCGGUUCGUGCGUGUAGACCGUGUAGUAGUCUAUGGCCGUCAGUCGUUUUACCAGCCGUGAUCAGACGUCAAAGCCUGAACACUCGAAGUUCGCCCGCCACAGCCGCGACGCAAUCCCAAAGCGGCAUUAAAAAACGCGUCCAACGCCGGAAGCUGCCGGUCAUCGCUGAAAACGCGGGUCAGCAACAUGGCUUUUGGUGCGUAUCGGCGUUCUCGACUGCCGAAGAGUUUCGCCUAGAACAACUGUCGGCGGCGUUGUCCAAGACAAACAUGUACGAGCCCACGUGCCUGUACAGUGGUUCCGAUGACGGCGCAGAAUCUACACCGGCCGACGUCGUUCACGCCGUGUCCAAAUUUCACGUAACCAACGAGCCCAGACAUUUGUAUUUUUUCCGCGAAGGCUCGGUUGUAGGAUGGAACGUGUCAGAUCUCGAAGUCAGCAGCCUCAUUAAUUUCGUCGCCGAACACGAGAUCGGGUCCUAUGACGAACACAUUGUCAUGAAUGAGAGAGAAAGCAUGUAUUAUGCAUACACAAACGACAAAAAAAGUUCGAUUCAAAAAGGUAAUGUGUAUUUGAUCGGCGAUGACGUGACGGCAUCCGACUUGGACCGGUACACGUUCUCCAACGCAAUGGCGCACAGCGUGAAGCUGGGCACAUGGGAAGCGCUGCUCGAGGAGUACAUAGAUUCCGUCGAGGUCGUCACACAAGACCUACAAAAUGGACUGCCCAUCCGGAUCACCAGAAAAGAAGUCAUGAAGAAAACCGGUGAACUGUUUGGACUGAGACACAGGAUCAAUUUAAGUUCUGAUCUCCUUGAUUUGCCAGAUUUUUAUUGGGAACGAGAACACUUGGAAACGUUUUAUCGUUCAACGUGUAACUAUUUCAGCAUAUCUACGCGGCUCAAGACAAUGAACAUGAAAAUAAACCAUUGCCUAGAACUCGUCGAGCUCCUGUCACACCAUUUGAGCGACAAACAUCACAUUAGACUGGAAUGGAUGAUCAUCGUGUUGAUCAUGGUCGAGGUUGGCUUCGAAAUCAUUCACUAUGCUCAGUUGUUCAUCAAAUGAGAUGCUUUCGUAACGGGUUUCUUCUCAAUCUUUAAAAAUAUUAUUAUUUUAUGCCAAAAUUCUACAGACAUUUGUCUUAGGUUAAGCACAAUAUAGAAUUAAGUUAAAUUAAUUAUUAUGCCUUGUAAAAUAAAUCGAUGAGUAAUAAAUUGACCAUUUGUUUUUC